CCUCCUUGGACACCAGCACAGCCUCUGUCUCUGCUCACUCCUGGCAGGCCGGUCAGGAUCAAAGCUUACCAACAGGCAGCAUGGCUACGAAAUGUGGGAAGUGUGGACCCGGCUACCCUACCCCUCUGGAGGCCAUGAAAGGACCCAGGGAGGAGAUUGUCUACCUGCCCUGUAUUUACCGAAACACUGGCACUGAGGCCCCGGAUUAUCUGGCCACUGUGGACAUUGAUCCCAAGUCUCCCCAGUAUUGCCAGGUCAUCCACCGGCUGCCCAUGCCCAACCUGAAGGACGAGCUGCAUCACUCGGGAUGGAACGCCUGCAGCAGCUGCUUCGGGGACAGCACCAAGUCACGCAACAAGCUGGUGCUGCCCUGCCUCAUGUCCUCCCGUAUCUACGUGGUGGAUGUGGGCUCCGAUCCCCGGGCCCCGAAGCUACACAAGGCCUGUGCCCUGCCUCUGUUGGUCAUUGAGGCUGAGGACAUCCAUGCCAAGUGUGGCCUGGGCUACGUCCACACCAGCCACUGCCUGGCUAGUGGGGAGGUGAUGGUCAGCACCCUGGGAGACCCCAAGGGCAAUGGCAAAGGGGGUUUCGUGCUGCUGGAUGGAGAGACGUUCGAGGUGAAGGGGACGUGGGAACAGCCUGGGGGAGCUGCACCUUUGGGCUAUGACUUCUGGUACCAGCCUCGACACAAUGUCAUGAUCAGCACUGAAUGGGCGGCUCCCAAUGUCUUUCGAGACGGCUUCAACCCCGCUCAUGUAGAAGCAGGGCUGUAUGGAAGCCACAUCCACGUGUGGGACUGGCAGCGCCACGAGAUCGUGCAGACCCUGCCUCUGCAGGAUGGGCUCAUCCCCCUGGAGGUCCGCUUCCUGCACAACCCAGAUGCGGCCCACGGCUUCGUGGGCUGUGCCCUCAGCUCCACCAUCCAGCACUUCUACAAGAAUCAGGGAGGUACUUGGUCAGUGGAGAAGGUGAUCCAGGUGCCCCCCAAGAAGGUGAAGGGCUGGCUGCUGCCCGAAAUGCCAAGCCUGAUCACAGACAUCCUGCUGUCUCUGGACGACCGCUUCCUCUACUUCAGCAACUGGCUGCACGGGGACCUGCGGCAGUAUGACAUCUCUGACCCACACAGGCCCCGCCUCACAGGACAGCUCUUCCUUGGGGGCAGCAUUGUUAAGGGAGGGCCCGUGCAAGUGCUGGAGGACCAGGAAUUAGAAUCGCAGCCAGAACCCCUGGUGGUCAAGGGGAAACGGGUACCUGGAGGCCCUCAGAUGAUCCAGCUUAGCCUAGACGGGAAGCGUCUAUACAUCACCACGUCGCUGUACAGUGCCUGGGACAAGCAGUUUUACCCCGAUCUCAUCAGGGAAGGCUCCGUGAUGCUGCAGAUCGAUGUAGACACAAUAAAGGGAGGCCUGAAGUUGAACCCCAACUUCCUCGUGGACUUUGGGAAGGAGCCCCUAGGCCCAGCCCUGGCCCAUGAGCCCCGCUACCCUGGGGGUGACUGCAGCUCUGACAUUUGGCUCUGAAGUCCACCCAUGGUAGCCACUCCACAUCUGAGACCUCACUUCUGCAGAGACCUCGCUUCACCCUGCUCCCUCUCGAACCCUAACUCUUGGCAGAAUGUCCCACCAAAGCCAAACUGAGGCUAUUGGAAUGUA